AUGACUGUGUUUGCCGGCUGUUUGACUGACGAGGUAUCUAAUUGGGGUUAAAUUAUCGCAAUUUAGGGACUCACUGAUAUUGAAAAUAAAGCCAAGACUUCUCCCAGUGGAAUCCUCCAUGGAAUCAAGGUGGAUGUAACUUCAGAUGACUCUGUGGCCAACGCCAAGGCUCAAAUCACAAAACUGUUAGAUUGCAAUGGACUUGAUGGAGUUGUAAACAAUGCUGGAGUUGUGGGGGAGGUUGGAUUCGAUGAUUGGCUAACGUUGGAAUCUUACAAAUCCACAUUUGAAGUGAAUUUGUUCGGAGUUAUCAGAGUUACGCAUGCUUUUAAAGACCUUGUAAAACAAAAUAAGUAAGACUACCAUCUGGUAACAACUCAAUCAACUUGUACAGAGGGAGGAUUGUAAACGUGGCCAGUGUGAUGGGAAUUGUUUCUUUUGGCGGUCUAGCCCCAUAUUCGGCAUCAAAACAUGGAGUAAAUGCCUUUUCGGAUGCUAUUCGGUAAGAUUUCUACUCAAUUUAUAUACUGUAAAACUACAGAACUGAAUACAAACAAUUUGGAGUUACCGUAUCCACAUUGGAGCCGGGCUUCUUUAGAACUGCAUUGGCCUCGCCCGAGAUUAACGAAGCCAGGAUACAAAAACAAUGGAAGCAAUUGCCUCAGGCAAUUAAAGAGGAAUACGGAGACGCGUUUUUCAGCAAAUGUAAGUAGAAUCAAAAUAUAAAAAAUUAAAUUCCGGUAAGUUUAUGACAGAUUCUGACACUUUAUGCGAAUUUCAGUUAGCCAAACCACCUAUGACAUCCUGGAUCUGAUCUGUUCUACUCGAACUGACCUUGUAGUCGACGCUUACUUCCACGCUCUCACCAGUCAAUACCCUAAGGCAAGAUAUCCGGUUGGCUGGGAUUAUUACACAAUCUUUUACCCAUUUUCUCUUCUACCAGCUAAUUUACAAGAUUUUAUUAUUCAAAUCAUCCAUAAAAUACGAGGAAUCCCAAAGCCACAAAAAAUGAUUAUCAAAUAA